ACAGACGUGCUAGCCUUGAUGGAUGUCCCUCCACUCUCUCUCUCUCUCUCUCUCUCUCUCUCUCUCUCUCCCCUCCCACUCUCUGUCUGCUUUUUUUAAGUCCUCAACUAUUUGAAUCUCCAAAACAACAGAGAGAAAGGAAGCAGAAGAGUUGUCGUUUUCUUUUGGAUUAGUCAAAUCUUGUACCGAACCAAGUAAGCCGCUUUCAAACGAGCUGCCUAUUCCUGUCCUUCCUCCUCCUUCUUCCUCACCAUUUAGGUUUCAUAUACUCCACAAGUUUCAAACUUUGAAUUCGACCCAGUCGGUUUCUGGGUUUUUGCCUUCUUGGGUAGUUUUAAUUUCAGCUCCAGAAGAACUUUCACUUGAAAAGCUACCAGUGUAGCUCGCAGGAACGAUGGCUACAUCUGCAAUGCCGGUCCCUCGGGUAGCAUCUAAUUUUGAUGAGGUUUCUAUGCAUCAGAGCUUGCUCUUCUCUGAUAGUCUCAAGGAUUUGAAGAAUUUGAGAACGCAAUUGUACUCAGCGGCAGAGUACUUUGAACUAUCGUACACAAAUGAUGACCAGAAACAUAUAGUGGUGGAAACAUUGAAAGAUUAUGCCAUUAAAGCUCUCGUGAAUACAGUGGAUCAUUUGGGUUCUGUUACAUAUAAGGUUAACGAUCUCUUCGAUGAAAAGGUGGAUGAAGUUUCUGGCACAGAAUUUCGGGUAUCUUGCAUUGAACAGAGGAUAAGGACAUGUCAAGAAUACAUUGAUCAUGAGGGUCUUUCUCAACAGUCAUCGAUUAUAGAUACUCCUAAAUACCACAAGCGGUACAUCUUGCCAGUUGGUGAGACCAUGCACGGAGGCAGCAGAACUAAAUCCAAAUACCAAGGAUGCAACCUAGAUGAUGAAGAUGAUUGGCAUCAAUUUCGGAAUGCUGUUCGCGCUACAAUUAGAGAAACCCCACCGUCUACAGUCAGCAAAGGGCGUUCUCCGUCUCCUUCUCCACAACCUCCCCAACGAUCCGGAGUUUUUUCUUUUACUUCUACCAUGCCCAAAAAGGAAUUAGACAAGCGAACAGUUUCGCCUCAUCGAUUUCCACUUUUACGGUCUGGAUCUCUUGCAAGUAGGCCAACUACUCCAAACAAAAGUCGGUCUAGUACCCCGAACUCAAGUAGGCCGACAACUCCAAAUCUUUCUAAUCCAAGAAGACGGUACCCUUCAGAGCCUCGGAAGUCAGCUUCCAUGCGAUUACCUGCUGAAAGAGAUAAUGGCCGAGAGGUUGAUCAAUACCCCAGCAAAAGUAAACGGCUCCUCAAGGCCUUGCUUAGCCGGCGCAAGUCGAAGAAAGAUGACAUGUUAUACACUUACUUGGAUGAAUACUGAGAAAUUGAGGGAGGAUGGACAAUUGAAGCAGAAAACUACUGUUUCCGGCUUUCCCAUUUUGUUUGAUGACCUUUUCCUUUUACACAGCAGUGUAAUGUUUUCAAGUUUUGUAAACAGUAUAUAUCAAUUAUUACUUCCCAUUUCAGAA